ACCUGGUCCUUUUUUUCCUUUCAUUUAAACUGCAUUGUUCAAGCUGUUAACAAGGGAAAUGUUUUUUUUUUUAAUUAAAAAAAACUCCUGUAAAGUGAAGAUGAGAUGAGAUGAAGCUAGCUUGUUUUGUUUGUGGCUAACUUAGCUAGCAGGCUGGCUAGUUUAGCACCUGAAAUUCAAACACUUAUUGUUUGGACAGUUAUAAUCCUACUUCAAGCAGGAGAGGUGUCUAACUAUCCAUCUUGAGUUUAUAUUAUAUAAAUACUGUAAAGCAGAAAGAAAUAACACGCCCUUUGUUUGGCUUUGGGUGCUCUGAAUGUAAGGCUAGUUCAUUUGAAGCUUAUUGUUGUUGUUUUUGUUUUUUUUUUCCUAGUCCCAGGAAGUUUUUAUCCUCAGACUUGAUUUGAGACAGAAUGUUCAUUUGGUUUUUGGGACAGAUCCGGUUUAGGAGAAGAUCUUCUCAGUUUGUAGGUAGUUUAAAGGCAGAGCUUGAAAGGGAAGUAUAGUGGUUAUAUCAGAUAUAGUUGAUCUCUUUGAACCUGGGCUUCAGAGAUCAGAUCCGGAUAUAUAAAACCAUCAGGAGGUGUCUUAAGACGGUUUAAAACUUCAAAUACUAAUUUUUACAAAGCAAGGAGCAACUUCAGGACGCUCACAACUCGAGCAGUUCAUGAUAAGGAGCUUAAGGAGUGUGCGCUUUCUCUGUAUCUAAUCUUCCCCAGGUGCAGUUAAACAGUUUUGUUAUAAGAACAGCACCACUUUAAGGUGUUCACCUUAAACAGCUACAUUUGUAAGUAAAAUCUAGCCUGCUGCUUACACACUUGUAUAUUCUGAUCGCUCUGGAUGUUGCCACGUUACACGAAAAAAGGUAAUCCCUGUGUACUGGAGACAAGAAACAGAACUCAAGGAGGAAUUAUUUCACAGUGGCAUUAGAGGAAAUCUGGAUCUGAUUGUUCCGGAGCGUGGGCUGAGCUGGGAUCGGGUGCAUGGACGUAGUAAGGAUGAGUGUGAAAGAGAAGGGUUACCUGGCGGACCUUGGGGGAAGCUUCACUGAGGAUGCGCCCCGUCCCCCAGUCCCGGGCGAGGAGGGUGAGCUGGUGUCUGGCGAUGUGCGUCCGUACAGCUUGGGCUUCUACUCCAUCAAGAGCGAGAGCCUCAGGUGUGAGGCCUCCAUAGCCACGCCGAGACGGCCCGACCUGGACCUGGGCUACGAGCCCGAGGGCAGCGCCUCACCCACGCCGCCCUAUCUGAAAUGGGCAGAGUCGCUGCAUUCGCUGCUGGAUGACCAGGAUGGAAUCCACUUGUUUCGCACCUUCCUCAAGCAGGAGGACUGCGCUGACGUGCUGGACUUCUGGUUCGCCUGCAGCGGCUUCCGUAAGCAGGACACCGGUGAGGGGAAUGAGGAGAAGAAGCUGAAGCUGGCGAAAGCCAUCUACAAGAAGUACAUCCUGGACAGCAAUGGCAUUGUGUCACGCCAGAUCAAGCCGGCCACCAAGAGCUUCAUCAAGGACUGUGUGAUGAAGCUGCACAUUGACCCGGCCAUGUUCGACCAGGCCCAGACGGAGAUUCAGGCCGUGAUGGAGGAGAACACGUACCCUUUGUUUCUCAAAUCUGACAUUUAUUUGGAAUACACCAGGACAGGCGGCGAGAGCCCCAAGCUGUACAGCGAUCAGAGCUCUGUGUCGGGGAACGGGAAGGUGCUGCCCGGCUAUUUGCCGACGCUGAACGAGGACGAAGAGUGGAGGUGCGAGCAAGAGACCGAGGAACACAGCGAGAGCGACCCGACUCCCAGCACGCGGCUCACCCAGAAACUUCUCUUGGAGACUGCGCCGCAACGGGCCGCCAGCAGCAAGAGAUACCAGGACAGCCGUGAGUACAGACACGGGACAUGGAGGGAGCAGUUCAACCCUUACUAUGUCAACACCGGCUACGCCCUGGCACCCGCCACCAGUGCCAAUGACAGUGAACAGCAGAGCAUGUCAAGUGACGCAGACACCCUCUCCCUAACAGACAGCAGUGUAGAUGGAGUCCCUCCCUAUAGAUACCGUAAACAGUCUCGACGUGAGAUGCACGAAAGUGCCAAAGCUAAUGGGCGAGUGCCACUACCUCAUAUUCCUCGCACAAACCGGAUGCCAAAGGAUAUCCAUGUAGAGCCAGAGAAGUUUGCAGCAGAACUGAUUAGCCGGCUAGAGGCGGUCCUGAGGGAGCGCGAGGCCCAGGAGAAACUAGAAGAGCGCCUCAAGAGGGUGCGGCUGGAGGAAGAAGGAGAUGAUGCAGAUGUGUCCACGGCGCCAUCUCUAGCUAGCCACAGGCUGCCCCCUGCUGUGCAUGUGCAGCACCACACGGCACGCUACUCAGACACGGCCUACAGUGGGUUGGGGCUGCGCGAUGCGCAUGAGGAGAACCCUGAGAGCAUCUUGGAUGAGCACGUACAGCGCGUCAUGAAGACGCCUGGCUGUCAGUCACCCAAGUCUCGGUCACCUGAUGGCCUUCCUGCGACCAAGAUGCCUGGGCAUAUUGGCCCGCUGCCCAGUGGCCAAGGAAAACACCAAGCAAGGCUGGGACCCAAGGGUGAGCUGGGACAUGUUUACCACCACAAACAUACACAUCACACACACCAUGCCGAGGGAGAAGGCAUGAGGCCAUGGAACAUGGAGCAGCACCAUUAUGGCUCCAAGCCUAGGAAUUACUCAGAUGGCACCAAUGCUAUGGAACCCAUUGGAUAUAGCAGUAAAGGUGCCACACUGUCAAAGCGGCCGUACAAGAAAGGUGAGGACAUGCGGAACUUUGAGUUACGAGAAACAGCUCCAGAGGAGCUGGACAGAAAUCAGAAGAUCCUGCAGUGGAUGAUGGAGGGAGAGAAGGAGGCAGGGCGCUACAAGAAGAGCCCCUAUGGGAGCCUCUCGGGCUCUAAGAAGACGCAGGGUCAUGAGUCGGGCAGGCCGAGCUCAGUAGAGCGGCCGGGGGCUGUGCACCCGUGGGUGAGCGCGCAGCUUCGCAACAAUGUACUGCCCUCACACCCCUUCAUCCAGGAUCCCACCAUGCCCCCGAACCCAGCACCCAACCCCCUCACACAGCUGGAAGAGGCCCGCAGACGACUUGAGGAGGAAAAGAAAAAGUCCGGAACCCUGCAGACCAAGCAGAGGUAUGUGAUGGAGGUGAUCCAGAGAGGACGCACUGCGGUCCGGCCCGCCGUUUUUCCCACGUUCAACAUGGUGCCCGCCGUGUCCGACACGGAGCUCUCCGAGGCCCAACACAAAGGCAUGAAAAAGCAACAGUGUGAGAACAUUACUGUGGCGUAUUACUUCUGUGGCGAGCCCAUCCCAUACAGGACCUCGGUCAAAGGAAGGAUUGUCACGCUGGGACAGUUCAAGGAGCUGCUUACCAAGAAAGGGAGUUAUAGGUAUUAUUUCAAGAAAGUGAGCGAUGAGUUUGACUGUGGUGUGGUGUUUGAGGAGAUACGUGAGGACGAUGCUAUUCUGCCCAUCUUCGAGGAGAAGAUAAUCGGCAAAGUGGAGAAGAUCGACUGAAGAUCAGGGAGGAGGAGGAGGAGGAGGAGGGAGCACAGAGAGAUAGCAUGGCCUUUUAGGAGGAGCUACUUAGCAGCCAGUAAGGGAAGGGAGCUAAGAGGAGGUGGGGUUAGAUGGUACUGAGUAAGUGUGGGGGGUGGGAGAGGGAUGAGGGCUGAGGGGUGUGAAAGAGUGAGAGAGUAGGGGAGAAUGGGAGCACUGUGGGAUGUACGCUAUUGACUCAAAGGCUUCUACCUCUGCAUUAGAGCCUUCUCUGGUUCCCCACAGGUGCCCUGUGCUACUGGUCACCGUGGUAUGCAGCCUUCGGACUUCAGGACAAGGCAGCACACACUCACUCACCAUUUUGGUGUAUUUCUAACUUUGAAAUGUAAUGUAGCAGUGUAAAGUUUGGCUAGAAAAAAAUAAGACUUGCUAAGAAAUAUGUUUACUAAAGCUGCAUAUUUUUGAUAUGACAUAUCAGAAGGAAGGUAUCCUUUCUAAUGUAACAUCUCUUGUAAUUUUAUAUGUACUGGUACCACGUGUACAGUCUGUUUAAAACAAUGAAAAAAAGGAAAAAAAAAAGGUUUUAUAACUAUUUAAAUAUUUAAAAGGAUUAAACCUAUUGGUAUGAUCUUAACAUUUUGGCAGAUCCAGUUUGAGGUGAUCGUAGUUGAUGAGGCCCUUUUCAUGCAGGUGGCUGGAUGAAAACCAGGAACCACAGUCCAUGCUCUAUUAAGUGCUUUUAACUUGUAAACCGAUCUUAAAUGUUCUCCACUCAGAGUGGCACCAGGUCACGCUGCACUUUCUCUGCGAUAAUAGAGGGGAGUGGAUGGUAGCUUACUUAAAAGACGUUGUUGAAUGAUCACGCCUUUAUGUUGAGGUGUCAGCAGGGAGGAGGCAGUGUCAGACCCAGGCUUUGUAUGUGUGAGUAAUUCAUUGGUUUUUACCUACAGCUGCUUCCCAAACAGAAAAAGAAAAAAAAAAAAAAAAGCACCAAUACUCCCAUUAUCAUCUGGCCUGAAGUGUGUGAACUGGCCCCAAGAAAACGUCUGUCAGCAUUAGAUGUAUUAACAGAGUAUAAUUAACCUUAUGGAAAAUAGCACAUCUGCAAUUUGUAAAAGAGCUAUUUUUAUACGUACUAUAUAUAUCCAUAAUCAGAACAGGAGGAUUUACUUAGUUGCUGUCCAAGUGCUUGCAUAUUUUCAUAUUCGGAGUGUGGUGGAUCACUGGGGGCAUCUGUAAGUGAAUGUGUGUGGCUGUGUGGAGCGCUGCUGUGUACCACAUACCACUAGCCUAUAUUACGAUCAUGUUUACACUUACCUUAAUGUAUUACAAAAGGAUAAUUGAGUAACGAAUUGUAGCCUUUUAGCUUCACGUGGCUGAAUUUGGUGCCUGUCAGGAAUUAUUAUUAUUAUUAUUAUUAUUAUUAUUAUUAUUAUUAUUACUAUUGACAUAAAAUUCUAUACUUGGUCACAUUACACCAAAGAACAGUAUACUGUAGGAAUUACACAUGUGUUGUCCAUUUCCAUCCAUGUUUUUUGUAAUUUCCAUCCACUUGACCUGUUUUCACUGAUUUACCCAAAAGCUUUGUGUCACAAGAUAGAGCUCUUGCACAGUCUGCGUAUAAUUAGGGAAUUCUUGUUGGGAUGACACGCGGGAUGACUCUUGUUUUAGUGUUUGCCGCUGGGAAGAGGCAAGCGCUGAAUGGUGCUGCAAGUCUAUAUGCGUAAUGUCCUGGUCUCCCAUAAGAUGAUCUCGUCUUCCUGUGUUAAACGUUCUGUUGAACGUUUUAGGAUCCCUGUCUGUGUCGUCUUUUUUUUUUUUUCUUCUCCUUCCCAUCAAAACUCUAUUAUUCCUUAAUUAGCUUGAACUAAAUGGGUACUUCGCUACUAUGGAACCUUUUUUCUUUUAAGUUUUUUUUUAUUUGACUCAUUGUAAUUACAGUGUAAUUGUCAUCAUGCUUGGGCUUUUUCAGUGAGCAUGUAAAAAGGUUCAUAAUUACUGUGAAAAGCCUGAAAGUGAGCACCUCUCACUUAAGAUGGAUUAAUUGUAUAUAGUACAUUACGGAGUGCCUUGAUGAGCAUGCUCACGCUCUGCAGUCUCAUCCCUUCUGCUCUUUCUGAUUCAUACCAGCGACUAGAAUCAUUGCUUUUUAUUUCUAGCAUUGUGUUUUUAUUUUGCUUCUGUACAUGAACAUGUUUUUCCAUGUGAAGUGUUGUCACACAUUGAAUAAGCCUUUUUCUAUGUAAAUAUGUACAUUUUCUGUGUUUUCAGCCAGCAACCUGAUUUGGAUAUUUAGUGCCCUGGUUCUGCUUAAGUGUGCUGAGUUGUACAGUUAUCAUUUUAUGGUACUUUGGACAAUAAAGACAUGUAAUAAAACAUCCUA